AUGGCAAACCUUGCUGAUAUUAAGCGGGUCACGACGGUCCUCGGGCAAGGCGAUCCGAACAACAAGGCGUACCGAAUGCAGCCUCCCAUCAACCUGCGAAGAAAUUUGAUUUCUGCCGAGACUUCCAUUACACGUCCAGUUUGGACUGUUUUCAGGCGUAGCAAAUCCUGCCAUGAUGGCUCGGAUUCCAACACUUGCGAAAAGGGAAUAAACACUAAUGUGACUAACCUUGCUAUUAUUCUCGGCAUUCUAAUCCCCUUGAUUAUUGCCACUAUUGUACUCAUAUUUUUACAUCGCCGAAAUGUCCGCCGAUUGAGGCAGGAAGAUGCUCAAGAUCCCACCCAAGGACUCGAUUUCGGCAUUGACGAGGGUCUUGCAAAAGGUGCCAAACGAAAGAGUUUUUUUGGAAUUGGGGGCGAAAAGUCAAACCACAAGAGCAACCAACUGUCCAUGGACAUGAAUCUUUCAUCUCCCUACCUACUACCACCCAAUAUUCACCAAUCCCACGACUCAGUCCAUUCAUUGGCACGAAUCUUUCCCAGCGACCAAGACCCUUAUCGCACUGUUGGUCAGUAUGCAAACAGCGAUGCCGGUUCUAUCAGAUCAUUCAAUCCCAAUGGAAGCAGGCAUGGCUCCAUGGCUCUCAGUCCCUCCGUUGGCGCUGCUAGGAGAAUGCCCCCAUCUCGUUCUGACUCUAUGCCAAUGACACCGGCAUCUCCUGCCACCGCGUCCGAUCCUUUUGCAACCCCCACUGCUCUGGAACCUCUGGAACCUACUCACCAGCCCCCCAGACCAGGGCACGCCAAAGAUCCUGCUCGCCCCGCGGAACCUUUGAUGCCCGAGAUUGGCACCCUUUCCUAUCCCGAUGAAAAGACAGCUGGACUGGAGAUGCCUGACUUUGAGCAGCCGCCCGUAGCAGUGUCAAGAGACUCACACUAUGUACUGCCGGACUCUUCGUGGGAACAAGACCAGCCCAUACUGGCAGAGCUGCCAGCGCGUUCUGAACGUGGCCUGAUCGGAACUGCUCAUUCGGCUGUUGAUGAUUUUGACUUUGAAUCUCGAGAAUCUCACCCGUCUGGACUGGGUCGGGACAUGGCGUUGCCAAAGAUUCCUUCGCAAGAUGCCCCGCACGCUGUGCAGAAAAUUCCUGGCCAAGCGUUGUCUCAGGACGACUAUGGGCAUCCCGAGAUCCUUACGUCUCAGUAUUAUGAUGAUGAACCUCUUGAUGCCUCUCGGCCAGCAGAUAGUCUGCCACAGCCUAAUGAUGCCCUAGGGGUUCCUCAGCAGCAGACGAAACGACUCUCAGUUGGAUUCCGUCCUCUGCCACCGGAUGAUGUGAUGGAAUCCGAGGACCCGGAGUACAGGGCCAACCGAAUUCGAUCGUUUUAUAAGGAAUACUUUGACGACAGGGAACCUGCACCCCCUCUGCCUGGAACAGGAGCCGCUGAAUACUUUGAAGACUAUGACGCUGGUUAUCUCGGCGACGCUGCAUAUUAUGAUGCAGAGACGAACGCCUUUGUCAUGCCGUAUGCACAGCCGGUUACUCGCCGCGCCAUGACGCCGCCGCCGGCUGGGCGUUUCCGUGGCGGGCUUGGAGGACCUGGCCCCCGUGGUGGUUCUCGUGGCCCGGCGCGAGGCCCCCAUGGCUCUAUUGGUGGUAUGAGUCUUCCAGGAGGACCAGGGCGACCUCGUGCUGGUUCUGCCUUUGGCCCACGACCAGGCUCGUCUGCAUCUGCCCAAAUACGAGGACGCCCCCCGAAGAAGAACCUGCCUCCCCCGACCGCACUCCAUACCCUGCCAACGCCUUCCAAGCUUAAGGACGACAGCUUUGCGAUCUUUCAUGCAACGGAUUUCGCCCCUCCCGACUCAUUCAGAGAACAUGUCGCGGGCCGUAGUCAAAGUCCCCUUGGCGAACGACGUGCAUACUCGCCAAGGGUACCCAUUGCUUCUCCUCUGGUUACUUCCUUCGACGAGCUGUCGGUCCUGCCAAGCCCGCACUUGCUUCGAAAAUCGUCAACAUUCACGAAUCUGGAUUUCGCACCGCCUAAGAAGUUCAAGGAGGCGGAUAACAUGAGUGAUGCUGGCAGCAUUAGGAGCAACAACAGUGGCAUUUCAGCUGCUCAACUACACGCCAUUCGCGGCGGAGCCGGACGUAUAAGCCGACUGCCAGGCGACACUGUUUUUACGUCUGCCGCCUUGGAGGACAAACUCAAACCUCAGUGGGUCAUGCGGUCUUGA